AUUGUUGUUGCGACCGCGACAACGCGUCGCCUGCGCCUGCGCCCCGUCAUGCCCCGUCCUUGUCAUCCCCACGCGCUAGAAAGAGACGACGACAUCACGACUGUUGUUUGCGUCGGCCCGAUCGGCAAAACUUGUCUGACGACCAAACACGAAUCAGUCAGUUGGUCUGAAGUCAGAGUUAGCGUUGGACAGAUUAUCAGUGCGAGGCGAAACGCGGUCGUGUGAAGUGCUUCUUUUGGAAAUAAUUAUUAAUGAAUAACACAGAAAUGACGGUAAUAGACCUGUUUUCAUACAACUUCAAAAUGCCGCCGGCGCCCGAGAUGAAAAUGCUCACUGAAAUGUUGGAAAUGUUCAAAAGGCUGCCAUGCAUUUGGGAUCAGGCGCACCAUUUGUAUCACUGCAGAAACGAACGGGAUAGAGCAUAUGCAAUACUUUUGCAGAAAUAUAGGACCAUAUACGUAGAUGCUACCAAAGAAAUGCUCAAGAAGAAGAUUGAUAACAUGAGGAAUGCUUACAGGCGGGAAUACAAAAAGGUUUUAGCAGCCAGAGCAAAAGGUGCUCAGCCGCAUAUCCCCGUGUUAUGGUACUACCACCUGUUCACAUUUUUGGAUGAAACUAGAGAUGACACCAGUAGCAGCUCCGUCAGCGAAAUAACAGAAGUGACAGAAGUUAAUGAAAUAAUGGAAGUAAAAAUUGAGGAGGAAGAAUAUGUCACAGAAGUUAUCGAAGACAGCGACGAAGAAAUAAAGACACCAGCACCUAAGAAAAUCAGAUUUACAUAUGAAGAGCCACUGGACACAGAAGUGACACAAUCACAGCAGGCAGCAACACCAUCAAAUCGGGAAGAAACGGCGUGUCAGCAGGAAGUCACACAAUCACAACCUGAAAUAAAAAGUACCACAGACGAAUCGGAGGCGACCAAAGAGAGCGAGACAUUCGGCCGCACUAUUGGCCUUCAGCUCAAAGAGUUGGAGCCCAUGCAGCGGUACAUCGCAGAAAAAAUAAUCUCGGACGUAAUAUUCUAUGGGAGACUGCGAAAAUUAGACCCACAAACCAGUCUCGCCAAUACAAAAUUGUGACAAAGCAAGAUAAUAAAAGUAGUUUGUAAAGUG